AGCCUCUGUCAAUCUCACAGGAAAGAUGACAGUUCGAACAACAUCCAUGGAAGUUGAAAGGAUUUUGCAUGGGCCAAUGCAUUGCUAAAGUUAAGUGCUUCCGUUUGGGUUCUUACUCAAAAAUGUCUGUUUGGAGUUGGAAAAAGAAUGGGUGGCUGGAUUGCGCUUUUGCAACUUUACUGAUAUUUGCCAUUAUCGUGAGUUCAACAUCAAUAGCAUUCAGAAAAUCUUUUACAACGAGCAUCAGUUUUAACGGAGGCUCAUUUCCUGAAGUUGGAGUUUUUAAUUUAUUUUUAUAUAUGUCAUCUUUUUUAGGAAUGGUGUGCGUGAUCUUGCGUUAUGUCUACAUUGCAGAUAAAAACGUAGUCGUCUCCAAUGUUAGUCUCCUUUUAAACAAACUCUCUCUUUUGCCUGGAAUUUCAUCUUUUGCGGGUCUUCUCAUAAUUGCUGCUUUUCCUUUCAAUUCCAAGCAAAGAGGAGGAUCUUUACAAACCGUUGGAGCUUACAUUUUCUUCACCUCAGGUAUUCUGUUUUCCUUGAUGCAGACUGUAACUACUUUUAUGUAUUCUAGAUUUUCCAAGAUCUUCUUCGCUCGUAUUGUCUUAGUGAUAAUUGUCGCUGGAUGUUUCAUUGCUGCUGUGAUCAUGUUUGAAAAAAAUCAAAAUCAAAAAUUAGAUCCUUCAACAAAUAAUACCCUAGGAAACGAAACUUCUAUUCCUACAUUUACUGAAACAAAACAGAUGAAUGCUCAGAUUCUUGCCUUUGGAUUCGAGCGGGCAUGCGUUUUUGUAUACGCAUUGUUUUUCCUCACCUUCUUCAUCGAGUUUCAAACUUUGUCCACUUACAUUAUUCUAAGGCCACUGGUAAUGUCUUCUCCAAGUGAUUAUACGAGUUCGGCGACUGUAAAUGAGAGAUUAUAAUAAAGACUUUUAAGCCACUUAAGAAUAUGGAAUAAAAUUUCUUCAGUGGUGUUUGAGCUGUGAAGAUUUUUUUAGAAUCCAGAAUUCAAAUUCUUUGAUGAAUACAAUACUUUCACUUUGUAGUACCCGGGAGACCGAGCAUCGCUCGGCAGAUUUAUUUUUUGUAAAAUCGUAUUUUUUCGGAGAAAAUAUUUAGAUACGAAUCGCAUACUCAAUACAUGUAAAUUUUUUUAAAAUCUUGUCUACGUAUAAACUGGUCAUUUAAAUAAAAAAAAUCAUGAAUGCCCAUAGUUUAACAUGUUA